AUGCCAAUCACAGGUGUCUACUUUAUACCCUCACACCCAAAUUCCUCAACAGCUCUGGGAACAAUCACCGAGCGCCUCCGCUCCGCCUACCCAGAUGAAGAACUCAUCCCCUUGGGCCGCUGGGCCCUAGAACAAAAACUAAUGAGAGACACCCCAAGUCUCAUUCCCGCAUCAGCAAAUCCCUCAGCAGAAAAGCCGCGCUAUAUGCAAUUCCUCUCGUUAACCCAUUACCCCACCCACGGCUUCAUCUAUACAUCCGAACCACCAGAGAAGCCUUUCCAUCCCCCACAUGCACCGGCCGGUGCAAGCCCAAGCCCUGUACCAAGCUCGGCGCCCAUGGCUCAAUCUCCAUCCCAACCUUUAUCGCAGUCAACUAGUAAUAGCAAUAGCUUCACCGCGUCGUCGGACUCACCGCCUAUGAUCAUGACUGUUCUCCCAAUGUCGUCUUUCGGUAUGCUCUUCCAGCAUUUUACUUAUGCGUGUCAGCCCUUCUGGGCGCAUCGGUUGACCGUCGCUGUGCCCAAUGGUGUUAUUUAUGACGUGGGUGAUUUCCGGGUGCGAUUGGGUGAUGUGCGGCAAACGUUCCCGAUCGCGCGGCCGCGUGGUACAGUUAUUGAGAUUGAGUGGCGGGGUCCGACUGUCGUGGACUCUGUUGCUUCUGCUCAUUUGGGUGCUCAGAGUGCUCAGAGUACAGAUGAGCAGGAUUCAGACUCUGGGAUUGAUGUGGAUUUCUUGGUUGAGGAGUCGGAUGUGGAUGCGGAAUAUGCAGCUACCGCGGCUUUGAUUCGUGAAUUCUGGGGGAGACUUGGUGUUGAGGGGGCAAGAGAGGCUAUUCUUGUUCCUGGGGUUGGAAAGGAAAUUAAGGAUCGGCUGAAGAAGCGGAGGGCUGCGAAGAUGAAGAAUGAUCAGGGCUCCGGGGCUGUUGGAGAGAAUGAAGCGGAUAUGAAUGGAGCGGAUGUUGCGAGGCAAUAUAUGGAGGUUUUGCGGUUUAAUCGGUAG